UACGUGGUAGGGCAUCUUAUAAUUGACCUUUGAGCAGAGCCGCUGCUGUAAGACUAAAAGAUCUCAGUCUACAUGUGGGAAUGCGUUACUAAAACAUUGCCAUCCAUGAUUGUGUGCAUUACUCAGUGUAGAAGAGCUUGAUGAGUGCAAGACUGAAUACUGGGAUCUGUGAUAAUUAAUAUCUUAGUAAGGACAUGGCACAAUCAACAUUCACAGAUAGAACAUUUCCAAAGGUAGAACUUCAUCUUCAUCUUGAUGGUGGAAUUCGGCCAGCCACAAUCUGGGAGAUUUCAAAGAAGCGUGGUAUCAGUGUCGGCUGCUCAUCGUUGGAAGAGCUUGAAAAGGACCUUGUGGAAUGGAAAACGGGAGAUCUUAGCACAUUCCUAUCAGAGUUUAAUAGAUUUAUGCCAGUUUUCAUAGGGGACCUGCAAUCAAUAAAGCGCAUCAGUUAUGAACUCUGUGAGGACAUGUCUAAGGAAGGGGCGGUCUACUUCGAGGCUCGUUACAGUCCUCAUCUCUUCUCAAACUUACCAAGGGUAAAGAACUUUUUCAAUGUACCUGAAGGUGACGUAACACCACGUGAUGUCGUCCGAGUAGUCAACGAAGGUAUCCGAGAAGGAUCAAAAGACUUCGGCCUUCAGGCCCGGACAGUAUUAUGCAUGAUUCGUGACAAACCAGAAUGGUCUGCUGAAGUUCUUGAAUUGUGCAAAGAGUUCCAUAACGAUACAGUCGUUGGUAUUGACCUAGCCAACAAUGAAAUGCUUGAACUUUACACACAACAUAUAGAAGGUUUCAAGGGAGCCAAGACGGCUGGUAUACAUCGUACAUGCCAUGCCGGUGAGAUGGGACCAGCUAGUAGUGUACAAACUGCCAUUGAAAUUCUUGAAGCUGAAAGGAUUGGUCACGGUUAUCACAUCUUUGAUGAUGAGAGCGUCGUGAAGCUCGCUAAGGAAAAGUCUAUUCAUUUUGAGGUAUGUCCAACUUCAAGUACUCGAACGGGAGCGCUCGAAGAUGAUUUUGACAACCAUUGCGCUAAAAGGUUCCUCAACGAAGGUAUGAAUAUAUCAAUAAAUACAGAUGAUCCAACGUUGUUUGGUGCGACACUCACAAGAGAGUUUAGUAUUGCUCGUAAUCAUUUCGGCAUGGAUGACAGAGCCUUAGCAUUGAUGACUCUAAAUGCAGCACGAGCCAGUUUUUUACCCGACGAUCAAAAAGCAGAAAUGAUCCAGAGUCUCAAAGUCAAGUUCAAGGAGAUUUUAUAAGUACUGUUCUAUCAAUGCUUAGGAUUAUCAAUAUUCUUCCGGGAUGGAAACCAUGGUAACAUGAUCAUAAAUUACUCAAUUAUAUUUUGAUGUAAAUAACAAUUUUUUGUGGAUUUUUCUCCUACCAAAAAAUAUUCCUAUUCUAUUGCCUUCAAGACAGUGAUGCCACUAAAACGCCUUUUUUUUUACUCGAAUCGACUGUAGCUGUAUGGUUUCAUAUUGGUCGGGGUGCUGGCUUCCAAAAUUAAUGCACAAUAUGUCAAGGGCUUUAUUGUUCUGUUAUGAUUUUGUAUAAAAAAAACAGCACCCGACCGAAAUAUGUUUAUAAUUAAGAACACUCUGAAAAUAUUUGGUAAAAAAAGAUCCAUGAGGGUAAUUAUGUUUCCAACUAACAUUGGGUAUUUCUCUUGGGCAUUUUCAUUUAUCCAGUGUGAAGAAAAUUUUGCCCAUUCUAAAAUAAUUGCUGCUUAUUUUUUUAACUUUACCAUGCUUACUGGACAAUAUGCUUCCCGCAUUGUGGAAAAUAUUGCCCCAAAAUGGUUGGACACAUAAUUACCCUCGUGCUGGUUAAAAUUUUACCCAAUAUUUUUUAUAUUGAACUCGAAAUGUAGAUUUUAUGGCCAUAAUAAUGUUAUAUAUAAUAUGAUACAAUAUAAGAUAUUUAAUGAUGAGCCUUGAUUGAUUGAUUGAUUGAUUUUAUUUGGCAAGUCACCAUAACAUAUAUACAGUAGCAUUAAAACAACAGGCUUGCACAGGAUGACCCACGAAAGCUCGAAAGCUUAUUUCCAGUGGGGUCCUCAAUAUACAGAAUUAAGAUAAUAAAAUGUUAAAAUUAUACUAUUUACAUAUUAAAAAUGAAGAAAAAAAUCAGAAUUUACUAUUACCAAUAAAUAAGAUAUAUAGACAAUAAAUAAGAUAUAUACAAGAAUAUAACGAAGAAGAAGAAGAAAAGAAGGAGAAGGAAGAGGAGGAACAGAAGAAGAGAGGGGACGAGGAGUAGAAGGAGACGGAAGAAACUGAUAACGAAGGGAAAUAAAUAAGGAGAAGAACAACAGCAUAAACGUGACGACAAUAACAACAAGAAGAGGAGAAUAGGAAGAAAUACAAGAAAUAGAAAGAAUAGAAGAAAGGACAUAUCGAAGCUUCAAUCAAACUAUGUAAAAUACAUAAUAAUACCUAGUAGAGAAGAGAAAAGAACUAGGUCAGUAUUCAGGCUAAAUCAACCGUACAACAUAUCAUUUGCAUCUUCUUUUUGACUCUCAAGUGAAAGAUAUUCUUUCAAUUUCCUCUUAAAAUGCAAAAAGUUUCCUAUUUCCUUUAUAUCAUUGGGAAGGGAAUUCCAAUGUUUUAUAGCAUUGUAAUAAAAUGAGUUACCAAUACUACCUACCCUUUCUGGUAAGCAAAAAUUGAAAUGGCUGUUUCUUGUAUUAUAGUUAUGUAUUUCGGUAACUAGAUUAAAGUUUGAUCCAAUGUAAUGAUUCGAUCUAUUGUGAUAGAUUUUAUGCACGUGGUGCAAAAUAAGCUGUUUUGAUCUUUUGUUGACUUCAAGAAAACCUGCUCCAGAGAGUUCGGUGUAGCCAACAUGGGUUCUGGGACCAGAACAGCUAAUGAAUCUAACCAUUUUAUUCUGUAUAAUUUUCAACUUCUUUUUAUCGAGUUCGCUUAUGCCACUAAACCAAGCAGGGUUGGCAUAGUCAAAUAAACUCUGAAUAAGAGC